AUGCCUUUUAAACAUGUGAAAGGUUCAAAGAUACACGUUUCUAAACAUUUCUUACUGCCUCAACAGUGGGAGUUCCAGGUGGGUCCAUAUGAAGGAAUUAAAAUAGGAGAUCACCUGUGUAUGGCACGAUUCCUACUGCGCAGGGUCUGUAACGAUUUUGGCGUAAUUGCCACUGUAGACCCCCAAAUCCAUCCCAGAGUACUGGAAUGGAUCCAUUAGAUAAGGGAGGGCUUGAGUGAGUACAUGUUUUUCACAUGGAUAUGCAAGCCCAAAUCCACUAUAUUAGAGAUAUCAAGAAUAUUCUAGAAAAAUUGAGUGUGGCACCUCCAGCACAUUUGAGUCUCAGAGCUACAUGGUGGUCAGGACAACCAGAGGAGACUCAGAGGCUGUCAUGAGACCUCAGCAGCAGUAGAUAAUUGUAAAGUCAGCAUCCACAUCCCCCUGCAGUUUAGCCAGGCCAAAUAUGGAUAUUUGGAGGAUCGCCAGCCUGCCUCCAACUGUGACCCAUAUGCUGUGACCUGUGCUAUUGUAAUCCUCCGAAUGGAGGAAGGGGAAGAAGAUAUCUUGAAUGUUGGUUCUUUGGUUAAUGAAUCCAACAUCAUCCAAAUGAUCAGUGAAGUGAUUUUCCUUUGA